CUAUUUAUAUUAUCUGCAGGGUUUUUGUCGUCUAUAGGAGCUGCCGAUGCCAAUGCUAAUCAUAUUACGCUUUGGGAUGAGCAAAGCCCACCUCUGAGCCCUCAGUCUCAGGCUCUCAGCUUCUCUUUCCUCUGAUCUCAUCUUCUUGGCUUCUUCUUUAAUUGGCUAUGGCGACUCAAUCCGCCGCUCCCCCCAACCCAACGGACGGAAAUCAACCGAACCCAGAACUUGCACAACCAACGAAUCAGGAUCAGCAAGCGUCCGGGGCGGAGGCUUCCAAUCCAAAGUCUACGCCGUCGUUGUUUGUGAACUCCGAACCGAUGAGAGAGUCCGGGGCUGAGGCUUCCAAUCUAAAGUCUACGCCUUCGGUGUUUGUGAACUCCGAGCCGAUGCGAGAGGAACAAGUGCAAAAUGCGGUGAAGUUUCUUUCGCACCCGAAAGUUAGGGGCUCACCGGUCAUCUUCAGAAGAUCGUUUCUUGAGAAGAAGGGCCUUACAAAGGAGGAGAUAGAUGAGGCCUUUAGACGUGUGCCUGAUCCACAACCAAGUGUGCAGUCAACCAGCUUUAAUCAAGAUGGGCAGGUGAAUUCAUCAUCAAGCAUUCAGCCACAGGCUCCAGUACAAACUCUGCAGCCAGCUGCAGCAGCUCCUACCGCUGCCAUUUCCUCAGUGGGUACUUCAACGCGUUUCCGAUUUCACUGGUCUCAUGCUAUUCUUGCUGUAGGAUUACUGGCAGUUUCAGGUGCUGGAACAGCUGUAGUAGUUAAGAAUGCUAUUUUACCCAGGUUGAAGUCUUGGAUACGCAAGGUUGUAUCGGAGGAAGGAAAUGACCUUGCGGAGAAAAAAGAUUCAAAACCAAGUUUGGCAGAAGAAGCAGCAGCUGCUGCAAAAGCAGCUGCAGCUGCUGCUGCUGAUGUUGCAAAAGCAAGCCAAGAAAUGUUGCGUUCAAGAAACGAUGAGAAGAGAUUCUUCGAAGAAUUUACAAAUCUCUUAGAUGUGCAAGUACAGGAAAUGAAGUCAAUGUCUAGUGCCAUAAAUAAAUUGGAAGGACAAACAAACACCCAAGGGAAAGCUUCUUUUGUUGAUCCAGAAGAUCACCGAGUCACUAUAUCAAGUUCAAAGCAAUCAUAUGUGCAUCACAAGGCGGACUAUGACUCACGCUCAGUGAGAUCAUCCUCGCCUCCCACAUCUGCAGAACCAUCAACUGCACCUCACCCUAAGUCAUAUAUGGAUCCAGAGACAUUUUACCAUUGAUAUGUAAUUUUAGUGUCUAGAGAGCUCUUGUCUUUCUUUUCCCUCUCCAGAAUCUUCCUCUGUGAGCCUCUGUUUCUUCCUUCUCAGCGCUGAUUGGAAAGGAGGAGGCUCCUCCUCCCUCCUCCUUCCUUUCCCUUUCCUUUCUUUUCUCUUUCUUUUCUCUUUUUUGUCUACAACUUGGAAGCCAUAUCCACUGUGCACCCACUCCCCCACCCCCAUGGUGGCACCUCCUCGCUUUCCCCAUUCCUUGAUCCACCU